CCCGAAACUCCUCCCAGGCGCCGGAUUUCCUCCUAGCGGCUUGAGGGAGGGGCGGGCGGUCCUUAGCUGGUGCCCCAGGCACGAGCCGGCAGGGAGCGGGUGGGGUUCCGACCCAUCUCUUGUUCGGGGUUGGGAAACCCUUUAAAGAGCGGAAAGAACCCUCCUCUCCACAGAUAAAGAUAGAGAAAGUGAAAAAAAGAAAAAGUCAGUGAUCUGUGUCGAGGGCAAUAUUGCAAGUGGGAAGACGACGUGCCUGGAGUUCUUCUCCAACACAACAGACAUCGAGGUGUUAGUGGAGCCUGUGCCCAAGUGGAGAAAUGUCCGAGGCCAUAAUCCUCUGGUCUCACAAGAUGGCUGUCAGUGACUGAAGAGACUGGAGUCCUACAGAUACCGCAUUCUGAGGUAAAGCGCUGCAUUCUCCCCCCGCAGGGUCUGAUGUACCGUGACGCCUGUCGAUGGGGCCUCACCCUGCAGACCUACGUGCAGCUCACCAUGCUGGACCAGCACACUCGUCCUCAGAUGUCACCUAUACGGAUGAUGGAGCGGUCGAUUCACAGCGCAAGAUACAUUUUUGUAGAAAACUUGUAUAGAAGUGGGAAGAUGCCUGAAGUGGACUAUGCGGUCCUGUCGGAAUGGUUUGACUGGAUUGUGAGGAACAUCGACGUGUCCAUCGAUUUGAUAGUUUAUCUCCGGACCACUCCUGAGACCUGUUACCAGAGGUUAAAGAUGAGAUGCAGGGAAGAGGAGAAAGUCAUUCCACUGGAGUACCUGGAUGCUGUUCACCACCUGUAUGAGGAGUGGCUCAUCAAAGGAGGCCAUUUCCCUGUGGCAGCCCCUGUUCUGGUGAUUGAGGCUGACCACGACAUGCAGAAAAUGGUAGAACUCUUUGAACAAAACCGGCACCGAAUAUUAACUCCAGAGAAUUGGAAACAUGGUCCAUAGGACGGGAAGAGCAUGCCAGAAAAGUGCCCGCUGCUGCGAAGUUAGCUAUUAGGAGCAAUUUGGAAAAAUCCGCUCUCAGGAGGGCUUUCUAUCUGGCCACAUUUGUCUUCCUAAUGGUCUUCUCUCCUUCACCAGUGUCUUUAUCCUGGGUUUCUGGCCUUCGAGGGUAAAUGACAUAACAGGACCAAUGGGUUUGUCACGCCCUGUGGUGCUCGCAGCCUUGCAUCCUCUGGCGCCUUCCCUGGCGGUUUCCCACCGCUGGAUCCCUCUAAGUAAGGGCAGAGCCACCUGAUAUUAUGCUGGGCACAUGGUCUCAGCCUUCAGAGGGCGAGAUAGGGGUCUUACAUCCCAGGGGAGGAAGUUGAAGCUCAGAGAGGCUAAGGGACUCCUCAGGGUCACAUAGCCAGUGACGGUGGCAUCAGUACCAUUCAGACUUUUGGCGACUCUGAAACAACCUCUUUCCCCAGGCUGCCUCAUCCUGAGAAUCCUGCCUUCUCUGCUGGAGACCUCACAGGUGCGUGGGGAGGGCCCACGGUACAUACAGCCGGCGCCAUCAUUUUCUCAUGAUUUGAGCAGCUUUCAAGGACAGUUAGCGUUUUUAGAUUUUUUGCAGAAUUGUGCCGUGUUUGGCUUGAGCCCAGUGUUCAGUGGUUCCCUAGCGUGAGGCCCACAUGGCCGUUAGUACGUCGUCCUUGGGACUUCCGCGUCCUUAGGAGCAUCAUGUGUUGGCUGCUGAAUGGUGCUUGGUCUCCUUGGCGACGAAGGUCCUGCUUGAGCUGCUGUUGAUUCCCUAUGGGGAAUGGCUUGUGGCACCGAGCUAGGGCAAGGGGCUGCCAGCCUGGUUUCUGAGGCUCUUUACUCCAUAGUGGCCUCAUGUGAGGAGCUUUGCCCUUGGAAUUCCUGAGAGUUUGUGGCCCGGGGGAGAGACACAAGUGGCCUUAAGUCUUUUCGAAAUGUUUUUCCAUCCAAGGGGACACGUUGGGCCGUAGAGCAUGAAACCAUCUUUAUUAGUUCAGAGGAGAUCUUCGCUCCACUCAGCUAUAACAGUGCAUUGAAGGCACAGCUGUCUCCUGAGUCAAGUAGGAAGCAAGAGAAAGGAACAUUCUCUUUGGGGACAGUCUGGACGGGGAAGUCAGGGCUGGCAAGCAAAGGCUCUUGCAGCACUGGUGCUCCUGACGUUUGGAGGUGAGUGGAGAGAGCUUCAGGAAGCCCAGCUGCAGACACGGGGAAGAGCCUGCUGUGAACUUUGGGGAAACAGGCCUCGGCCUCUCCGGUGCGGCGGUCGGUGCACAUGAAAGCUGGAAGGCCUCAUCCCAGCCUCUGUCUGAGUGUGGCAUCUGCGAUACAGCUCUCUGGUGCUGAACAGGUGACGGGUGCUCUGGUGGUCCAGACCCAGAGGCAGUGCUGAGAGGGGAGUGCCCUGGCUCCCAUCUGGGCCGACUCGAGCUGUGGGGCAGUAGCCCAGUGGAGACAUGUCUCAGCCCAGAUGUCAAUGAUUGACCAGAAGCCUAGGUGAGGCAAAGCCUCUGCUACCAGGUAUCCUGACAUGCCGGGACCAUCUCUGGGACUUUGUAAACAAACAGUCCAGGUUUCCCCACAGCUCAGUUUGAGCAUCUGUUUUGGGGCAAAUGACUUUUUUUUUUUAAUCUUGUUCUCUGGAAGCCAAUAAAUCCUUCGCCUAAAA